AUGCUCAAACUAAGUCACCUACACAUCCCACACUACAUCUACAUAUCGCCAAGCCUAUCUGCCUUUGUAAGAUCCCAGCCUCCCUUCGAAAACAACCCCACAACCCCUCACGCUCACCCCGUAGAUCUCGAGACAUACACACCUGUUGACCCUCACCCGCAAAACCACUCUGCCCCUAUCUUUUCUCUCCACUGCACAGAAAUUGAGAUCAGGACCCAUGUACCGAAUACUUCCCCUGCCUCCCCACCAACCCCAAUCCGUCACAACUGCCCUACCGAGUCUAGCACCAUCCACCCCAAGACAUACCUGACAUCACACAAGACAUGCCUGCAAAACGUCGCCCAGCCGCCCACUCACGCACAUAACCGUAGCUACUCUGAACCCUACAGUACCAUACCUACCCCAGCUCCCCGGGUAAACUUCUCCACAUAUGCGACAUGCAUAUUUCUAGAGCCCUUCAGUGUCUGGUUUCCCGCUUGGGUGGCGAUGCAUGCUCGAGUACGACUCUGGUUAGAGCGUUGGGCUUUUGCGUUGCGGCGUGUGUUGGAGGCAUAUUGGGGACGGGGACGACGAAUUCAUUUCGCGUUGGCUUGUCGCCUGUCACUGUUCGAUUACUCGGCGAGAAUACAGGAUGCUCGCUAUGAUGCCUCGUACGACUUGAUUCAGUAUCCUGAUAAAGGGCCCUGGUCUAUUCGCUUCACCGCAUGGUAUCUACCAGCGCUGUUGUAUAGGAAUGAGGGAGACGAUGUACAGCGUGCGGAGAGGGCGAUUAAGAAUAUACUCGCAAGCCAAAUGACAACCGACACCACCGCCCCCUGGUACGGCACCUUCAAGAUCUCCCCCGAUCAACCCGAUCCCACAUACGGCGAGAACAGCCACUUCCCAGCCGAAAUCUACACCUCCUAUGACCCCAACUGGCGCGAAUUCAUCGGCACCCAACUUAUCCAAAUUCUCGAAGAAUUCCCCUCGCUCAUCUCCCCCACCCUCACCACCGCCAUCGAAGAUGCCCUGGAAAUCGCCGCCGUAGGAGCCAUGCGCCGCAACGGCACCUUCCCCCCAGACGACAAUCUAACCAUUGCCUACACCAACCCAGCCAUCAUGCGCGCCGUACUCUGCGCCUGGAUCGGCACGCGUCGCCCUAACCCCAGCUUUCUCGCCUUUGCAAAUACCCAGGGCGAACAGAUACUCGCGCUCUUCCGCAAAAACGGCGCCAAUACACUGGCAGAGUACAACGCGCCAACCUACUAUGGCAUCGACACCUGGGCCCUCGGCGCAGCUAUCAAAUACAGUCCUGCCAAUAGCACCAUCUCCUCUGCCUCUCGCGCCAUCCUGCCCGCACUCUGGGACGACUUGGCAGCGCAUUGGAAUGGCUAUUUGGGAAACAUGGUCGGACCGUACGAUAGAGCGUACACACGGGACAUCACAUGGCAUUCCUCAGUCCUCUCGCUCUUCCUCUGGGGCCUCUUUAGCCGCGAAUCCACACCGCAGCCUCUGCUCCUCGAAAACGACCUCCUCUUCGACGGAGCCCAGGGCGCCGCAAUCGCACUGCUACUCGCCACCGUUGCCCCGUAUAUCUCCCACACAGCCCGGACUUCACUAACGACUUCCUUCACGGGACCCCCGCGCCUCCUCACCCGCAACAUCUACGACGCGCUCGACAGUGAGACACCCAGAGUCGCAACGAGCUGGAUCUCCCGCCCACUUAUGAUUGGCGCGCAGACGCUACUCGAACCUGAAAACAGAGGCGAUCAAUUCGUCCCUGCAAUCAUACAUUGGGCCGGUGAUCCAAACCACACUCCCUACCCAAUCUCCACUUUCCUCAGCCUCUACCCCUCCGCAUCCUCCAUCCACGCCGUCGCCUCCGCAAACAAACUCACAGUCAGUUACCCGAAUCGCACACAGCCCGGCGCAGAGCUAUUUACCUUUGCGCUGAGCAAUGUGCCGCCUGCGUGGACGUUGGGGACUGGCAGGACGGUGACGGGGCUUGAGGAGCUGCCUUGUUUGCGGGUGGAGGUACGGGCGGAGGGGUUGGAGAAGACGGGGGUUAGGUAUGGGGCGGCGCUGCGGAAUCAUUUGUUUUAUAAUGUCACGUAUGUUGUGCCGCGGGGGUUUAAGGGCGUGCCGACGGUCGUGUUAGAGACGCGGUAUACGUGCUGA